AUGGCUUCAUCAGAGCCGCACAAGAUUUUCCUGAUAACCGAGAUCCUGGAACUGAUCCUGCUCGAAACUGACACGCGCACUUUACUCACGUCCGCUCAAAGGGUCUGCCGCAAAUGGCACUUCCUGGUCCAGGACUCGCACGACUUACAGGCCGCCCUGUUUUUCAAGCCCGUCAGGUAUACCCUGCCACGCGGGACGGCGGGCAUUCGCAACCCGUUACUAGAGGAAUGUAUAUGGCCAUGGUUUUGCGCAAGACAAGCAAGCGAUACGAGCCCACCGCCAGUAGAAGGAGGAGCGAAGAUACCCGAGGUCGAUCCUCAGAGCGACCGACUUUUUCUCCGGAAAGGGGCAAGUUGGAAACGAAUGCUAUUUCAGCAACCUCCUCGAUCGUGUAUUGGACUCGUGGAGAAAGAUGGAAAGGCUGUUAAUGGCCCGGCAUAUACCGAAGUGGAAGUUCAACCGAGGGGAGACUAUUUACGAAUACGUGACGUGGUCCUCCCUUGUGUAAAUACUAUCUUUGCUGAAAUUCACCCUCUGCCAGAGGAAGGACUACUCUGGUUCGGAGGCAUUCGAAGAGAGGAACGGUGGAAGGUUCCUUCACCUUUGUGCUUAGAAUAUCCAGCAGAUAAUCAGAAGUAUGGAGAAAUUCCGAGGAGCCAGAUACCAUACGCUGCCUCAAUAUAUCUGCGAGACUGUGAUAUUGUGUUUUUCAUUCUGGAAUGCGGGCGCAUUCGAGGGCAGUGGGUUAGCAACUAUGGUGCUAUCGGGUUGAAUUAUUGGCUCUGUCGUCUUGGGAUGAGGCUUGUGCCUGGGCAGACUUCUAUUCCGAUGCCGGUGACCUAG